ACAAAACCUGACGAGAACGCGUCUCGCUGCGAAAAGAUUUAUUCUGUUUUUAAUGUUCUAAAAAAAAUAAUGAAAAUUAAGUGUAAUUCCAGUGAAUCAAAUUUAAAAAUGUGGCUAUAGUGCAGUACAAUGAUUUCGACAGCGUAGUUUAUGGGGAAACGUCACUAUCUGGGGCUUAAAGUGGAAUUCAAAAGAGCGCCUGGAAUUUGUUGAUAGUGGGUGGAUUUGUGAAGUGUCUGGCAAGGGUGAUAAAAUCGUUCUAUGGUGGGGGGAAUAUCUGCCAAGAAAUGCGAAGAAAACAUUGCAUGAAGUGAUUCAAUCGAAUGUCACUGAUUUGUUUGAGCGCGAAUAAGUCCUUUUUAUGGGAUGUUAAUGUUCUGUAUUAACGUAUUGAUCGAUUGGGUAUAAAAAUUGUCACGAUCUCCUGAAAGCGAGAUGAUUCGAAAAUAGCUUGUUAACAACAGUAGUAAAAAGUGUUAGUAGCCACCAGAGGGACUCGACAUGGCUGGUUAUAAGUGUGUAAAUUUCAUCGAUUUAUGCCGCUUGUGUGCUAGCAGCGGCGGAGGUAAAACCGGAAUAUUUUCAGACGAAGGAAAGCGGAAAAACAUUCUGUCAAAGAUUACCGAUUGUUUAAAGAUUAAAGUACACGAGAAGGACCGCUUGCCGAAAAGUGUUUGCUCGAAAUGUCUGAAACAAUUGGACACCCAGGUGGAAUUCAGGGAAUCUGUUGUGAAAGCCCAAGGAAUGCUGGAGAGCUGUCUAAACUCGACGAAACUGCGCAAUGGGGGAAUGGUUUAUAUAAAAGAUGAUUCUGUUAGGGAUCAGCAUUCCGACCAGUCAAGCAAUGUUCUUAGUCCGAUUAAAUCAAAUUCCGAUGUUUCUGCAUCUACCGCAAUAACUCUACCAACAAUCCAGACACAAUCGUUGCCAACUCAAACCCAGCAAGUUAAGUUAGUCCCAACAACGGUUACCAGCACGGCACAGCAGCCAGUCGUGUCGAUUCCAUGUACUCCAACCAUGACCACACCAAUUAUCAUAAACAAUAUCUCGAAAGGUUUUACGCAAUCCACUAAUACUAUUCCUGCGACGGCCACCAUCAUGGCUCCGAAUGCCGAUUUUCUGAGUAGCAUUAUGCAGGCCGUUGGGAUUCAGUCCGGUGAAGCGCAGUUGGAAAGGUCAAAUGUGCAACAUCAGCAGCAAGUUUCGAAUCAGCAAUCACAGCAACAGCAACAACAACAAAUGGCUCAAUAUACAAUUACUUUAGAUGGGCAGACCAUCAAAGCCAAUCAGAUUCAUUAUAAGAUCCAGGAUACUAAUCAGACGUUUGUUUCUGCUGGAGUGAACAAUGAAUCGGAACAGCCUGUAGCUUACCAACAAAUGGACGAGUUUCUCAAAUUGAAAACACCAGUUAAAUCGAUCAAGAGAGAAUCUAUGGAGAAAAUGUCGCCUGAAUCUGCAGCAGCGAAAAAACCAAAAAUUAGUGUUCUAUUCAAAUCACCUCCAACCAGUCAAUCUACGUUAGUCACAACAACACCAACCAAAUCUGGUGUUUUAGCCACAACGAGUUCGCCAGUGGCCGUUUCUAGUAGUCCGAUCAGUAUCACACCAGUCUCUUCGGCAACAAGCAUUGGGAGUUUCUCUACGGGAGCAAUGAUCACAAGCACACCGGUCAGCGGUGUGUCCUCCGGCAGUACACCUGUAAAAACUGCAACCAUUCCGGUGCUGGACGCCAGUAAAAUGAUGCAAAGCAAUAAAUGUAUAGUUCCCAUCAUGUUGAAAACGGAUGUCGGUGGAGAUCAGAUUGCACUUGCUCCUAUUGGCAAUGUGGGUGAUGUAAGCAAAGGUGUUCUUCCCAAUGUGCAGUACGUACAGAUGAAACUUCAACCGGGAUCGGACGGGAUGUUCCGGCUUGCCCCGAUGCAGAUGCCACCUGCCCUAACAUUGACUCCGCAGGGUUUGCAGCAAUUUGGCAUUCAACCGUUGCAGACAGUACAAACACAACACACUCAGCAGCAUCAGAUCCAGAUUCAACCACAGACCCAUCUGACAAUGCCAAGUGUUCAGGUUCCGUUAUCUAACUAUUUAAGUCUAGUCGAGAAAUCAUCUCAAAUGCAAGCUGCAAGUGACCUACAAACACCGCAAGCCAAUCUGGUUAUCACAACACAGCCGAUUCAACAGCAACAACAACAACAGCAGCAGCAAUCACAGCAACAACAACAACAGCCACCCCAACAACAGCCACUGCAACAACAACAAUUACAAUCUCAAGGACAUCAACCAUCGCAAGUUCAAAUUAUCAGUCGAUCAACGAUGCAAACUCAACCUACGCCACAACAAUCUCAACCGAAACCUCAAAAGCCUAAUCCUCCACCGCAGCCAGUGCAGCAACAGCAACAGCAACAGCAACAGCAACAGCAACAGCAACAGCAACAGCAACAGCAACAACAACAACAACAACAGUCAGUCAACAGAAACCGCCCAGUAGAGCACGAAAGUCAACUGAAUUCCUCCACGGAAUCCAACGAAGGAUCAUUAACGGCCCAAUCCAUUGCUGCCACACAGCAGAUGAAAGCCAUUUCGGCUCUCUCCGUGAAGCAGGACUCGCUGGAGCACGGUGGAACGACCAGCAGUAGCACGGCGUCCGCCGGUGUCAGUUUCACCUCAUGCGAUGUUUGUUCAAAAUCGUUCAAACGCAAGGAACACUUGAUGCAACAUCUGAAAUCGCACGUCGGAUUGCGGCCAUUCAAAUGCGAAGAACCCGGCUGCGACAAAUCGUUCAGCCGGAAGGAACAUCUAAUGAGACAUAUUGUAUCGCACACAGGGAAGAAAUUGUUUUCCUGUCCUGUGUGUCGAAAGUAUUUCUCUCGAAAGGACAAUUUGAACAAGCACAAAAAAACUCAUCAGGAAAACAGUAGUUCGGCACCGUUCCACUGUUCUAUAUGCAGUAAAGGUUUUUACAUCAAAGGUCAAUUUCUAAAGCACAAACAAAUGCAUGAUUCUACGGCAACCGAGCAAUCUCCGGAACAGAAGUCUGUAAAAAAACUUCCGAUCAAGGAUAAGAAUGAUUCCGUUUCCGUACAACCUCAGCAGUCCCAGCAGCAACCUUCCAAUCAAACGCAGUUACCUACUCAACAACAACAACAGCAACACCAGCAGCUACAGCAUCAGCAACAGCAGCAGCACCAGCAAACGUCGCAUUUGCAAACUAAUACCGUCGUGCAACCGCAGCAAAUCUUCACCAUCCCAGCGCAGAUCCAAAACAACGGCAAACCUCAAAUAAUACAUCAGGUACAGAUUGCGAUGCCGAACAGUAUGGCCAAUACCCAGCAAAGCCAGCAGGGUUCUAUCCAAAGCCUAGCAGGACUAGGAGGAGCAACCAAAACGGCCAUCAUCAAAUCGGCGGAUGGAAACUCUGCCACCGUCUAUACCAUCCCGUCAAAUUUCAUCAUUGACGGGACGCAAUUUAUCGGUGCAUCACGGGAGCUUUUGGGAAACAUCAAAAUCGAACAGAUCACAUAGGAACGAAAGUUCCGGUGGGUAGAGUAGCAUCCGUUCGCAUAGAGUCAAAUCAUUCCAGUGAGAAUACAGUGUGGGUGUCCAGGAGUUUCCCGGAAUCGAAACCUUUUUAAAGUUCAACCAUGUUGAAGCCAUAAGUUUUUUUCCAUUGUUUUACGUUGCCAUAUUAUUAGGAACUGACAUGAUUUUUGUUCAGUGAAUGAAACGGUUAAGUUGUUCUAUGUUUCAUAGAAGAAAGGCUUUUUCUAAAAUAUGUAGUUGUUUUCUGAUAAAAAUCUUAGCUAGCUGUGUUAGUCUUUGGCCACAACAUUUUAAUAACACCGUACACAUUGGAUAGUUAUAGUCAUGAAGGCGUAUCACAAAUUUACACUGAAUCAGAAAUAGCAUUUAUAAGAUUUUCCGAGUCGCUUUGUGAAGAUUUCUUUUUAAAUGACGCGAUCCGGAUUUCGUGUUGUACGUACAACAUCGAGUUUGACUCGAACAAAAUAGUUUAGGUUGUAUUUCAGCUUAGGUUAAGACAUAGACGUUAGGCAGGGUAAGAUAUAUGUUUGCUUUCAACUAUCAUUGAAUGUUAGUUUUUUAUUAACUUAUUUUGUUUGUCUAUUUCGUGGUAAAAAUUUAUUACUUGCUUGACGUUUCAUGACGUGUCCGCAUUUUUAAUCGGUAAAAUAUGUAUUUUGUAAUAUAAGAUUUCAUGUGAGAUGUGUAAUUAAUUGGAAUGUGUUGUAAAUAUAUAAAUUGAAGUAAAAUAUCACCAGAA